AUGGAUCUUGGAUCUUCAUCCAGUGAUAAAGUUGGAUCGUAUACAGAAAUUGAUACUGUCGAAGCAUCUGAAGCUGAGCUACAGAAUUUUGACUCGUGUGAAUUCGAGGAAUGGGAUUCUUAUGUGUAUGACGAAGAUGAAGGCUGCUAUGUGAAUGGCGUUGAAGGGCCUCAUUAUGAAUUUGAUGAGAUUGACUUAUAUCAACAACUGGAUUAUAAAUUUGACGAUUUAUAUCUGCCUCCAGGUGCGGAGGCUAGUGUACCAUUGGUGCAGAAAGCUGUAACUGAUGACGGGCCUGACAAUUUUAAGUCAAUGUCAGAAAUAGAGGAUGAAAUUGGCAAGAAAUACAAGUUUUUUAAACAGUUUGACAUUAUUAAAGAUUUCUCUGAUCAUCAUUAUGCCAGUAAUCCUGUUGGAAAGACAGGGAAAGAGUGGACAAAAAGAAUUCAGCAUGAUUGGAAACUCCUGGAGAACAAUUUACCAGCGUCCAUAUAUGUCCGUGUUUCGGAAAAUAGAAUGGACCUUCUCAGGGCUGUAAUCAUUGGGCCUCAGGGAACACCCUACCAUGAUGGCCUUUUCUUCUUUGAUGCUCAAUUCACUGCUAGUUAUCCAGCGACUCCCCCAGUGGUAUACUAUCAUUCUGGAGGACUUCGGCUUAAUCCAAAUCUGUAUGAUUGUGGAACAGUCUGCCUUAGCCUCCUGGGAACCUGGCAUGGUAACGGCUGUGAGAACUGGAACUCAGCUCACUCAAGCAUGCUACAAGUGCUGAUAUCCAUUCAAGGUCUCAUAUUGAAUGAAAAGCCAUACUUCAAUGAGCCAGGAUACAAGACCGAAGUCAACGAUGCUAAUGGACAGAGGAGGUCCUUGGAGUAUAAUGAUACAGCAUUUCAGCACUCAUGUAGGACAAUGCUGUACUCACUUCGUAGGCCUCCACAGCACUUUGAAGGUCUUGUUGCCGGCCACUUUCGUGAACGUGGCCAUGCAAUUCUGGCUGCAUGCAAAUAUUACAUGGAAGGUAACGAAGUUGGGUCCGUAGUUCCUGAUGAGGACGAUGAGGGCAAGGAGCUGGAAAAUGCAAAUGUGCGUGCAGGUGCAGGUCGACGAACCGCAUCCUUCAAGGCCGACACAAAGGUUCUCUUUCAAGAGCUCCUGGUGGAAUUCAAUAUGGAGGGUGCUGACACCAAGAAGUUCUGUGCUGAGAAGUCAAAGAAGCCGCGUCAAAAAAAGAAGAAGCUGAAGAAGAGCCAGCCUGCUGCUGCUUGAAGGAACCAGCUGAAGCAGCAGCAGAUA